GUCCAUGAGCUAAGUAAGUCAUUGCUUAUUUAUUAUCUCACCCUUAAGGGCCUAUAUAAAUCAUCUUUAUGUAAUCAAGAACAUCCCAUCUACAAGCUCCUCUACUCCUUAAUUCAUCCUCCUCCUCCUCCUUUUCAACAAUUUUAAAAAAUCCCACAUAAAAAGAAAAAUAAUUCCAAAAAUGGUGUCUUCAAAAUCAAAAGAAGGUCUAAUCUACAACAUAAAAUUAUCCUCAGUUGGACCAGCAAGAGUAACAGGACAAGAUGUGGUUUAUGAGCCAAGCAACAUGGAUUUAGCCAUGAAAUUACACUACUUAAGAGGGAUUUAUUAUUUUGAUAGCCAAGCAUUUCAAGAUAUCACAAUAUAUAACAUAAAAGAGCCAAUGUUUUUAUGGUUUAAUUAUUAUUAUAUGACUAAUGGUAGGUUCAGGAGGGCAGAAUCAGGCAGGCCUUAUAUCAAGUGCAAUGAUUGUGGAGCUAGGAUUAUUGAAGCACAAUGUGAUAAAACUUUGGAAGAAUGGCUAGAAAUGAAAGAUGGUACACUUGAGAAAUUACUUGUUUCUAAUCAAGUUCUUGGCCCUGAAUUGGCUUUCUCACCUCCAAUCCUCAUACAGCAUACUAAAUUCAAAUGUGGUGGAAUUGCAUUGGGCUUAAGUUGGGCCCAUGUACUUGGAGACAUAUUCUCAGCAACUGAAUUUUGGAACGUAUUGGGUAAAGUAGUUGGUGGAUACAACCCGCCCCAGCCCAUUAACUUGGCCCAUUCAUUGACCAAAGCAAACUCCACCCAAACCCUACAAAAGAUUGUGGAGGAUCCACUUUCCAUAAAACGGGUCGACCCAGUUGAAGAUCAUUGGAUUGCCAAAAAUAGUUGCAAGAUGGAAACAUUUUCAAUCCAUGUUAGUGCCACCAAAUUGGGCCACUUGCAAUCAAGAACAGACAUUCAAGGCCCAUUUGAAUCAGUAUCUGCUGUUAUCUGGCAGUCCAUUUCAAGAAUUAGAGAUGGGCCUGGCCCACAAGUUGUGACCAUUUGCAAAAAAGGUGAGGAAAAGAAAGAGAACCUUGUAGGCAACACUCAAGUCAUUGGUGUGGUCAAGGUUGAUCACUCAAUUAGAGAAGCUAAUCCUAGUGAAUUAGCAAGGUUGAUUAAACAUGAGAUCAUUGACGAGCGAUUAAAGAUCGAUGAAGCCAUUGAGAAAGAGCAUGGAGUGUCGGAUGUUGUCGUUUACGGAACAAAUCUGACUUUCGUUAGCCUGGAAGGGGCUGAUCUCUAUGGAUUCGAUUGGAUGGGACACAAGCCGAUGAAUGUAAAUUACCUAAUCGAUGGCGUUGGUGAAGCAGGGACCGUGUUGGUGCUUCCGGCAGGGCCAAAUGAUACUGAAGGAAGGAUUGUGACCAUGAUUUUGCCUGAGGAUGAGAUAAUGAAGUUGAAAUUUGAGCUAAACAAGGAAUGGUCUAUUGCUUGAACUUAAAAGUAUUUGUGUCAUUCUUGUUUCAUAGUUUAAUUUGGUGUAAGGUCCAAAGACCAAUAUUAUUUAGUGAUAAGUGUUGUGUUGGAAAUGUUACUACCCAUGUGUUUUUCUCCUACAAAUGCCAUAGUGGUUGUUGCUUUGCAAAAUUACUAAAAUAAAUAACUUAUCUUUUCUUUA